AUGUAUUUCUUCCUGAUGAAUUUGGCAUUGCAGGACCUAGGCUCUGUUUCUGCCAUUGUUCCCAAAUCCAUGAUAAAUUCUCUGAUGGACACCAGACACAUUUCUUACUUUGGUUGUGUUGCUCAAGUCUUUCUCUUUGCAUUCUUUACACUUUCAAAUUUCUUCCUCCUCACAGUGAUGGCAUAUGAUAGGUAUGUGGCUAUUUGUAACCCACUCCAGUAUGAGACACUGAUUAAUUGGAAAUCCUGCACUGAAAUUCUAGGUCUGGUUUGGAUUGCCAGUCUUCUCUGUGGAAUUUUGCAUACCACUGGCACAUUUUCCAUCCAUUUCUGUUCUAAUACUGUAAAUCAGUUUUUCUGUGAAAUUCCACAGUUGUUAAAGCUAUCCUGCUCUGGAACCAAUCUAGUCGAAUUUGGAGUGGUUAUGGUCAAUAUCAUUGUUGCCCUAGGUUGUUUUAUUUUUAUUAUCAUAUCAUACGCUACAAUCUUCAAAGUAGUGCAAAGAAUCCCAUCUGAGCAAGGAAGGCUAAAAGCCUUAUCAACUUGUAUUCCACAUAUUACAGUAGUGUCCAUGCUUUUAUUAAGUGCAUCUUUUGCCAAUAUGAGAUGUCCUUCUGACACCCCAUCAUACUUAGAUUUUGGGCUGACUAUUCUAUAUUCUAUUCUUCCACCCCUGUUCAAUCCAAUCAUUUAUAGCAUGAGGAAUAAAAACAUCAAAUUUGUCCUGUAUAAACUGUGGAGAUUCUGA